AUGCGAGCUCUCCUAGGACAAGGUACUCGGCAUGAGAUCGAACUGAAACCCGUUUCGAAGUACUGUGUCAUGAAGCAGUGGCCACUGCCUCGUGAACAGGUAACAGCGAUCGGCAAAUUCUUUGCCGAUCGUUUAGCGGCUGGUCAUGUGAGGGAAUCAACAUCCCCACACAGCUCUCCGACCUUCUGUGUGCGAAGGGCCACAGGAGGGUGGCGGAUAGUGCACGCGUUCAACAAACUGAACGCUGCAACGGUAACGGCUCAAACGCCGCUGCCAAGAAAGGAUGUCAUCAUAGAUGGUAUGGCAAAGAGUGCCAUAUUUUCAUCCAUGGAUUUGAUGGAUGGAUUCUAUCAGAUCCUCAUGCGUGAACGGGAUAUCCCUUACACGGCAGUGAGCACCCCUAGUGGUAUGCUUUGGGAGUGGCUAGUGAUGCCACAGGGGCUGAGUAACGCCCUUGCAACGUUUCUACAGAUGUGUCUGUUGCGAUCGGUGCGCGAUUUCGUACCGAGUUACUUCAAAGAUGACUUCGUCCAUAGCCGGGCUAUGGAUGGAAAGACGGAUAAAGGGGUUCAUAGAAUCCACGUCCGGAAGGUUCUUACACUAAUGCGAGAGCAUAAGUUGUUCUCGAACCUCAAGAAGUGUAUAUUCGCAGCGAACGAAAUACCACUUCUUGGCUCCAUCGUGGGUAAAAACGGUGUACGCCCUGAUCCAGAAAAUACCAAGUCGAUUGGAGACUGGCCUGUGCCAGUCGACGCCAAGGGACUUCAAAAGUUCAUUGGCUUAGCGGCGUACUUGCACAAAUACUCGCGCAACUAUGCCGAGAUGACCGUACAUCUCUCUCGACUGCUGAAGAAAAAAAAGAGAGGUGGUCAUGGAGCGCUGAGUGUCAGCAGUCUUUUAAAGGUAUCAAGAAAAGAUUGA